CAACUGAACGUUUCCUACCAAACCAAAGAAAGUUAGCAAGUAAUGCUGGAGUCCCCAUCUCUCUCUCUCCCUCUCAUCCUUUCUACUUCUACUCCUAUACUUUGUGCUUAAAAUCUCCACUUCUCCGUAAACACACCCUUUCCUCUCUCUACUCUCCAACCAAAAACAACGUCAAACCCACCAAUGGAGAACUCAUCAUUACUACAAGAAAACCUAAACCCAUCUCUAAUUCCGUCCCCGACCAGCCAUAGUUCCAAUAGUUCAAGCAGCAGUUGCAGCACCACCAGCAAUGGCCUUCACCACCGCCCAUCGCCGCCCACACCACAACCACCUCACGUACCUAUAACAAGAUCCGACCCUAAUAACCCUUACCCGACCACCUUCGUCCAGGCCGACACCUCCUCCUUCAAACAGGUUGUUCAAAUGUUAACAGGGUCCACCGAAACAGCCCGUCUCGCCUCCCGACCGGAACCUGUCAGAAACCCUAUCCCGCCAAUCAAGACUGGGCCCAGAAAAGAUAAAUCCGCUUCCAAGCUCUACGAACGCAGAAACAGUCUCAAAAACUUCAAGAUCAGCCCUUUGGCUCCUGGGUUGGUCAACACGAGGCCGGGUUUCUUGGCCGGUUACGCAGGCUCGCCCCGACCCGGCACGCCGGAAGUUCUUUCCCCUAGUAUUCUUGAUUUCCCGUCGCUGGUGCUCAGCCCGGUUACGCCACUUAUUCCAGACCCGUUUAACCGGGGCGUAGCGGGCGCUAACAAUUCUAAUAUUAUUGUGAAUAACAACUUGGACAUGGUGGCGGAGGACAAGGCAAUUAAAGAAAAGGGAUUCUAUUUGCAUCCCUCGCCGGCGAAUACUCCGAGGGAUUCGGAGCCCCGACUUUUGCCCUUAUUCCCGGUUACCUCACCCAGACUUGCGGGUUCAUCUACUACUGCUGAUUCUUGAGUGAGUUUUUUUUUUUUUUUUUUUUAUUUUUAAAUUCUUUUUUUUGGGGUUGGAAUAGUUGUGUUUUAAUUUAUGAUGUACCAUUCUAUAAUGUAAAAGCAGAUAGAUAUGAUUUGAGAUGGAUGAGGCAACUCGUGUUGUUAUUUCAUGAUUGUUCUGUAAUUGGCAAUUUGAAAGAAAAAGAUGAGUAAAAAAGAACCCAUCUUUGCUUCAAAA